AUGAUCAACUAUUCUCGAUCACCUUGGGCUUCCCCCAUUGUGGUGAUCAUUAAGAAGAAUGGGGUGGGCAUCAGGCUAUGUAUUGAAUAUCGGUUGGUUAAUAGCCUGACACAAUUGAUGGUAUACCCAAUGUUGCCCUUGAUCAACGACCUACUCGAAGAUCUGGAGUCGACCCUUUGGUACUGUUCUUUGGACAUGGCAAGUGGGUUCUGGGUAGUGAAAAUGACGGAUCGUGCUCGUUUGAUCUCGGCUUUUGUCACCCCUUUUGGACUAUUUGAAUGGAAUCGAAUGCCUUUUGGCCUGAAGAAUGCGCCCCAGAUCUAUCAACGUAUGAUCGAUAACGCGCUAUAUGGGUUCACCCGGAUCCCGAAGUCUGAUGAUCACGGAAGUAUGGCGGAUGUGUUUGAGGACGGAGUACCAGUGGAUCCAGGCAGGCCUUCGGUGCUGGACCGAUCAUACAUCGAUGACAUCCUGAUCCCUGCUAAUAGCUGGGACCAGCUAUACGACCGAGUAGAGGGAUUGCUCGAAGCGUGUGAUAAGUGGAACCUGUCGAUCAGCGUAGUUAAAAGUUUCUGGGGAAUGCCCAAGCUCGAAUAUCUAGGUCAUAAGGUCUCACACAAUGGACUGGAGGCGAACCCGAAAGAUUUGUCGGCGUUGACGGAUGUAGCAUUCCCAGGAUCACUUCGAGCUAUGCAGUCAUUUUUGGGAAGUCUGAACUACUAUAGUCGAUUUAUCGAAGACUACUCGAUCUACGCGUCGGUUCUGUACGAAUUGCGAGAAAUCGACUUCGUUGCGAUGGCGAAGGAGGCUACCCAAGAACGGAUCCAACAAGUAUUGGAGGCAGAAGGCACAGAUCCAAGAUCACAGGAAGAUCGGAACGUCGAUUACCGAAGAACCCUAGAUCCGGAGGCACCUGACCCUACCGGGGUGGAUCCGCGCUGGAUCCAUCCCCAUCGGACCUUCAACGUGCUUAAAACCAGGAUUGCUACAACUCCGAUCUUACGACAUUUUGACCCAGAUCGGAAGGCCACAGUGGUGGUGUACGCUAGCGACUGCUCUAUCUCGGGGGCCUUGAUGCAGGAAUACGACCAGGUCUACUACCCCGUAACGUUUGCGAGCCGUACUUUGAUGUCAAAUGAGUUAAACUAUGGCAUCGCGGAGAAGGAAGUGUUAGCCCUUCUGAGGAUCCUGGAUCUAAAUUACAAUACGUUGGUUGGACGUCCGAUCCAUGUGCUAACCCGACACUCGACAUUGGCGUGGCUUUUCAGAUCCACGGCUUUGCAAGGACGUCUGGGACAAUGGGCGACUCUAUUGUCGCCUUGGACGCUGGAGAUUACUAAAUCUAGUAUAACCCCUAGAUCAGAAGUGGAUAAGGCGUUGAUCUCAAUCGCCCUCAAAAAGGAGCCAAGACGGAAGAUUCAGGCUCCGAUCCCCACUAUCAGGCGAGAAGAGGACUUAUACGUUGUGAGUUUCGAUGGAUCGGCCCGUGUCAAGAGAGGUGGAGGCGCCUAUAGCGCGAUCUUGUGGAAGCUGCCCGAAUGGAGAGUGCUGAAAGCCAGAUCGGGGUAUGCCGAAGGCUUGACGGUGAAUGAAGCGGAAUAUCAUGGCCUGCUACUAUGUCUGGAUCUGUUGGAAGAUCUGGAUCCACAGCGUCUGGUGAUCUGCGGAGACCUGGUGAUCCGACAAGUACGAGGAGAGAUCGACUGUAAGGCGCCAGGCCUGACACUGUUACGCCAACGAGCCUUGGAUCGAUUACGUACAUGGCCAGAUCAUGAACUAUUGCACGUCAAACGAGACUGGAAUGGGAGUGCUGACAGCAUAGCAAGCGCUGCUCUACAACGGCAAUGCGGGAUCAAAGUAGAAUCUGACGCGGAGAUCCAAGUUCUCAUAACGUUGAACAGGUUGGAGGAGAUCCUGGUAGUGAAAGUCGAAGAAGAAACUGCACAGGUAUCAACGGUGACGACUCGAUCUAAGGCUAGGUUGGGGGGAGUUACGGAUCGAGCGGAUCCGACAAGCGCAGGACGAGGAGUCGUGGAUCAUAAGCUUGAAGAAGUAUCUAAUCGGAGAGAUCCGGGAUCUGACGCAGAAGAAGCUAAAACGCUCGGAUCCAUCGCCACAAAUUACGAAGUGUAUCAGCAGGAUCUACUCUUCUACUGUCCGACAUCCAAGGAGGCAGCUGCAGAUCGAGAUAAGCUGAUACGACUAGUGAUACCUGAGACGCUUCAACAAGACAUUCUACAUCACUACCACACGAGUCUACAGGGCGGCCACCAAGGGAUCGGCCGUACCUAUGAUCGGAUCCGUGAUCAUUUCCAUUGGAGGGGUUUGUACAAGAGUGUACAACAUUAUGUGGGGGAAUGCGUCGACUGUGAGACAGACAAAGGAAGACCUCGGAUCCAGGGUGAGUCGCCUGGUAACCUUCAGGCAACAUACCCAUUUCAGAUCAUUGCCAUGUAUCAUAUACCCUCGCUGCCUAGAUCCUUCAACGGUAACACCGAAUUGCUGGUUUUCGUGGAUCUGUUCACAGGAUACGUAAUCGCCAAGGCUAGUGCCUCCAGAUCCGCUCAAACAAUCGCCGAGACUUACGAAGAAUGUGUCUUUCGACGAUUUGGCGCGAGCGAGGUGAUUCAACAUGAUCGGGAGCCAGGCUUUAUGUCUGAUUUCUUCAAGUCGUUUAACAAGAUCCUGGGACAACGCCAACGGGCCACCAUGGCGUAUAGACCACAAGCCAAUGGAUCUGCGGAACGUAUGGUCCAGACAACUACUAGAUCUCUCAAGAUAUCAACAAGAUUGGGAUGA